AUGACAGGGGUUUUCAGGAACGACGAUGCAACUCAUGCGUUCUCCUCCGCUGCAGCCAUGAUAGAUCCAAGUAAUUCACCACCAAUGAACACUGCUUGCAAUAUGUUCAAAACUUGGGCACAUCAUCUUGAUAAUCUCUUCCAUAGCGAAGUGCAUGAAGCUUCCGCGUUGUCUCGAGGGUCACCAGCGAUUGACAGCUAUUUCGAAGCAGCUAGGAUUGAAAAUGAAACGAGAGCAAGGAAGUACAUAGCCAGAAUUUUAUGGACAGCAAAGCAUGUGGUUGCAUGUGGUAUAUUCGCCGCUACCGGUUUGGACCAAGUGCUGAAAGACAGAGCCAGAUCCAUCGUUCCUUUCAAUUGGCUACCUUGGUUACCACAACUCGUGACUGAACUCCAAGAGAGGCCCACAUCGGGUUUCAUCCACAUAAUGGAACGCAUUGCUUCUGCGUAUCCGCUUUUAGUCGUUUCGGCAUUGCGUCCUGUCCUUGAUGCAGCAAUUUUUGGGAAAAUCAUCGAAUGUGUAUCAAAGAAACAGCCCAUCCCAGCAUUGCCAGAUGAUCAUAAAAACGCUGCUUUGUGUAAGAUUCUGGAGAAAGCAUGCAUAUCUCGACUGACUGAUGUUCGAAUGUGGGACAAGCUUUUGACUGGUUUCUCCGAAAUGCGAGAAUUCUGGGCAGAAAAACAUCUGCGUUACGCUUCUCAGCUGAAGGAUGAAAUUCUCAGAUGCUUGUAUGAGGCGCGAGAAACUCGUCUGGAAACAGCAAGGCUUGAUGACAAAGCUAUGGCAACGAUGUCGUUAUGGUGUGCUAAACUCAAGGAAAACGUGGGUGAAGAUAUCCUGCGUGAAAAUGAAGUUCCGUCAUCUUCUCGACAUGCUUUACCGCUGCAGACUGAAGACCAGUUCAUCGACGAAAUUCGCAAUGAAGUCCUGGAAGUUCUCAAUGCACCUACUGCAUUUGGUCCAGCAUUGCUGAAACUUGCUGAGACCGUCAUCAAAUGGCAAACAAAGCUGCACAAUCGCCUAUACUCUUUGCCAAGACGAUAUCCCAUUCGACUAUCCAGCAAGUUCCUUGCUGACUACAGUAGUGCAAUGGCAUGCAUAGAAAUACCAUCGUCAUUCAACGCGAAUGUCACGAAACAGUACCAAUAUGUGACAUUGAUAGCAAGAUUCAAUCCUCAUGUCGAAGUUGUAGUGAAGAGUGGACGUGUCAUGAAGAAGCUGCAAAUAAUGGCUGUCAAUGGAAAGACAAGCGUUUACUAUCUCCAACGCUCUAUUUUCAAGGAGAAAACCAAUCGCUGUCAGCAAUACCUACAAUUAGUGAAAACCUUGUUGGUCAAAGAGCGGGAAACUGCUCGGCGUCAUCUGUUUGUUUUUACGCCGAAUCAACUAGUUGUCUCUCCACAUGCUGUACUGAUGGAUGUUGGAGGUAAGUUUCAUAUUUUUUUUGCAGAACAUGAUCAGCAAAGGUUUUCAAAAUGGUGGAAAUAGCA